GCGGCGGCGGCGCCAUGGAGGAUGAAAUGCCCAAGACCCUAUACGUGGGGAACCUGUCAAGAGACGUGACCGAAGCUCUGAUCCUCCAGCUGUUCAGCCAGAUAGGACCAUGCAAAAACUGCAAAAUGAUAAUGGAUACAGCUGGAAAUGAUCCGUACUGUUUUGUGGAGUUCUAUGAGCACCGGCAUGCGGCUGCAGCACUGGCUGCUAUGAAUGGCCGGAAGAUAAUGGGUAAGGAGGUCAAAGUGAACUGGGCGACGACCCCCAGCAGCCAGAAGAAAGAUACCAGCAGUAGUACCGUUGUCAACACACAGCGUUCACAAGACCAUUUCCAUGUCUUUGUCGGAGACCUCAGUCCAGAAAUUACAACUGAAGACAUAAAAGCAGCUUUUGCGCCGUUUGGAAGAAUAUCAGACGCGCGUGUGGUUAAGGACAUGGCGACGGGAAAAUCUAAAGGAUAUGGCUUCGUUUCCUUCUUCAAUAAAUGGGAUGCGGAGAACGCGAUUCAGCAGAUGGGCGGUCAGUGGCUCGGUGGAAGGCAAAUCAGAACGAACUGGGCGACAAGAAAACCUCCGGCUCCAAAGAGUACAUAUGAAUCCAACGCCAAACAACUGUCUUACGACGAUGUGGUCAAUCAGUCCAGCCCGAGCAACUGCACCGUGUACUGCGGAGGCGUUACUUCGGGACUGACAGAGCAGCUGAUGCGCCAGACCUUUUCUCCCUUCGGGCAGAUCAUGGAAAUUCGAGUCUUCCCGGAUAAAGGCUACUCCUUUGUGCGGUUUAAUUCUCACGAGAGUGCCGCGCACGCCAUCGUUUCCGUCAACGGAACGACUAUAGAAGGACACGUCGUGAAGUGCUACUGGGGCAAGGAGACGCCAGACAUGAUCAGUCCGGUCCAGCAGGUCAGAACUCCUCCUCUGCUAACGGCGAACCAGAUCGGCUACCCGCCGGCGUACGGGCAGUGGGGCCAGUGGUACGGCAACGCCCAGAUCGGCCAGUACGUGCCCAACGGCUGGCAGGUCCCCGCCUACGGGAUGUACGGGCAAGCGUGGAAUCAGCAGGGCUUUAAUCAGACGCAGUCUUCGGCGGCGUGGAUGGGCGCCAACUACGGCGUGCAGCCGCCGCAGGGCCAGAACGGGAGCGUGAUAACCAACCAAACGGGAUACCGCGUGGCGGGCUUCGAAACGCCGUGAGGAGGAGGAGGAGAGGACUCCGGAACCGGCGGGCUGGAGCCGCUGUCGACCGCCAAGAUUUAUCAGAUCAAGCGUCAGAUACGAUGUAUUUAUUUAAGAGAGAGAAAGAAACAAAACAAAACAGAAAAGCAUUUUUAAUCAUGAAAUUGUCAUCCGCAUUGUUUAAAAAAAAAAACAAAAAAAAAAAAAGGAAAAAACAAAACAGAAAUCACACAAAACGAGAUGCUGGAUGUCUGCCGACUUUUGCCUUCUUUUUCCUCCUUUAUGUGUUUCUUAAGAUCCACGUUUUUGAAACACAGAGCAAAUGCAGGGACUACUGCCGCUGAAAAUCGGGGCAGCAAAUUGCACAAUUGUCAACCUUUUGGGUUUUCUUUUCUUUCCUCGGAAGUAGCGUGCCGUUCUGGUUUGCGUUCCGAACGAUCGAAAAAAUGUAUUAUAAACCAUUGUACACGCAAAAAAAAAAACAAAAAACAAAAAAAAAACCAGAAAAAAAACCCACAAAAAAUGAGAAGCCAAAAGCGCGUGAAUCCUGAAGCCGCCGCGUCUUCAGCCUUUGCGCCGCCUGUUUUAAAAAGAGCCUCUUGUAACGAAGCCUCCGUCUCUCCGCUUUUGUUACGCCGGGUUUCGUCGACGAGAAAUUAUGAGUUUACAUCGGUUUUGUAUCUCAGCGUUUUAUUUUUCAGGGUCGUCUUCGCCUUACGAUGGGGAAAGGGGGACGCCCGGCGGGACGGCGCCCGGCCCCCGCUCGUGAGCGAGGAUUUCCACCCUGGGACGGCGAAAAUCCUGUUACUAAAAUGUGACAAAAUUCCUACGAACCAGCC